AUGUGGCUUAAGGCAAAACCCUUACCUGCCUUAGGCAGGGCCGGCCCUGUUUGCGAUCAAGAUGCCAUUACUGUCUUCGCCUGUCCCGAGGAAGAGAGGAUCAUCAUCUUCGUCUUCGAAGAUACUGGAACUCAUGAGAUCACGCUAGGCGAAAUCAACAUUCCUGAUAUCCCUGCUAAUUAUUUGGCCUUCAGUGAAUCAGAAUGUGAGUAUGGAGUUGUUGUAGGGAUGCCAUCUGAAGAGUUUAGAAGGAUCAUGAGGCACUUGAGGGACUCCGGGAGCUACAAAAUUAAUGUAACUCGUGCAGAAGUAGAGACACUCACCGCAGGACCCGAUAAGAAUGGGGACUGUAUAAUAUGGGGUGUUGAAACCAGUCUGAUUAUAUGCGAACUUAAUUUGAUCUGCAUGGAUGAAUACAUUGAAGCCUCAGAGCUCACUACUGGCCUGAUAUGGAUAUUCAAGUCCUCUUACUGGCCUGAUAUGCUGAAUUUCCCAAUGGGAUCACCGGGGUAUAAUGUCUUGUCAGAUGUCGUCUUUGCUGUUUCUUGUGGUAGGGGUGUCAAUUGCCCUCACCCCAUGGUUAGCUGCCCGAGGCCAGUUACUAGCCUCUCGUUUUGAGCUGCAUGAUGUGUGGAGUUUGUUACUUGUAGACUAUGAAGCACAAGUAUGGACACGGACACGGACAAGCAUACGGACACGGGACACGGCAAU